UUAGCUCGAAUGGAAAUGUCCGUCUCUGACUGAUUUUUAUUUGUUGUCUGAGUGAAUGAGAGAUUGAGAGCAGGAAGUACCGAGAUGAGAUAAUAAUUAAGUUUCUGGUUUAAAUCUUGGGUCUGCGCUGGCUUUGGCGACUAACAAUACAGGCCCGAGCUGGCAUCUGAUGCUCGGCAUUUCUUUGUGAAAACCCUUCGAUUGAGAUCUUGGGUAGCCAGACAUAGUGUCUCUCAUAUGGAUAUUAAUCGUGAUGGAUCUUGCACUAAAACUGUACAUUUAACCACAAUGGAGAGUUGACAAAAUGGACGGAGACAGUUCAACCACCGAUGCCUCCCAGCUGGGCAUUACUGGAGAGUACAUGGCAGGAAGCCACUACGUUCUGCAGUCUCAGGACGAUGAUGGAGACGAAGGCUUGAAUGACCACGAAGACGGCAACGGCAGCAAAGACAACUUCCGCGAGCAGGACAUCUACCUACCCAUCGCCAACGUGGCGCGCAUCAUGAAGAACGCAGUUCCUCAGACGGGAAAGAUCGCCAAGGACGCGAAGGAGUGCGUCCAGGAGUGCGUGAGCGAGUUCAUCAGCUUCAUCACGUCGGAGGCCAGCGAGCGCUGCCACCAGGAGAAGCGCAAAACCAUCAACGGCGAGGACAUCCUGUUCGCCAUGUCCACGCUGGGCUUCGACAUGUACGUGGAGCCCCUCAAGCUCUACCUGCAGAAGUUCAGAGAGGCCAUGAAGGGAGAGAAGGGAAUCACCACCGUGUCUGUGGCCGAGGGCCUCGGAGACGAACUCACAGAGGACAGCUUCACAAAUCAGCUACCAGCAGGUCUCAUUACUGCUGAUGGGCAGCAGCAGAACGUCAUGGUGUACACCACCUCUUACCAGCAGAUCCCUGGGGUACAGCAGAUUCAGUUCUCCUGAUUGGACUUCCUGUUCCUGAGAGCAGGGCUGUGGAGCAGAAGAGGCUGGUGUCUGUGUGCCAGACAGAGGUCAGAGGUCAAAGGUCAAGGGUCAACAUCACUGCACUGGCUUCUGGGAGG